AUGGCCGGCAGCGCGGCAGCCAUUGGGAACGUGCCACGUGGCACCAUAAAGACCGGGGCGGCAGUGGGGCCGUACGCAAUGACGGGGUAUAACAAGGCUGACGUGGCACCCAGCGGGCAAUUUGAAUUGAUCAACGAUGCGGUUGGGACAUCGUCAAACGGAAGAACUGUGAUGAGGUUCGAGCGAGGUCUGCUGCCCGGCCAGAUGCCAUUCAGUAGCAACUUGAAGGCCGUCAUCCUCUGGGCCUACUCUCGAGACAACACACAGGAGCUGGCGUUCCACGGAGACAACAUGGGAUCAGUAACAAUCGACUUCUCCUCUGGAAAAUCCUCCCCCUCCUCUUCGCCUGCUCUCAUCGCCCAUGCGGUCUUCCUCUCCCUCGCCUUCUUCCUCCUCAUGCCCUCCGCAAUCCUCAUCGCCCGCCUCUUCCUCGCAACCCCCUCCUCUCUCUCCCCCACCCCACUCCAUCUCUCAGACGCCAACAGCACAGAAUCCCAUCCCUCCUCCUCCUCUUCUUCCUCCACCAUGUUCCCCUCCUCCUCUUCCUCUUCCCAUGCCGAUGACUCGACGUCAAAUGACUCGCGUAGAGUGUUCUGGUUCACAUGGCACAUGUAUCUGCAAGUGGCCGCGCUAGUCUGCAUCUGCGUCGGGUGCAUCACGGCGUUUGUCUCAUCUGGGUCUCAAGGGUUCCAUUAUGCCCACGCCUGGAUCGGUGUUUUCCUCCUCGUUCUCCUCGUGGCCAUUCAACCUCUUGUUGUCUUCUUCCGCCCAUCCUCUCGCCCGUCUUCGUCCGAUUCGUCGGACUCUGCUGGCCGGUGGCAUUACGCCAGCUGGACGCGUGGGAGGUGGCGAGUGGUGCAUUGGUUGGUGGGCGUGGUGGGAGUGGUGUUUGGUUGGUUCAACUGUUUCCUCGGGCUCACUCUCUACAGUAAAAAGUUCGCCGCUGGAGUCGUGCCUCAACACCCACUGUAUCCCCGCCAAAAGCACGUCGGAGCUUCGAAUCGCCGCCGUCAAAAGUCACCUGUUGCCCUUCCCCCUCUUCCCUCCUCUCCCUCCCACCCUGCAGAAUCACCGUCCACCCCCUCCCAGCCUCAGCAUCCACUCCUCACCAUUUAUUGGAUUCCCGCCAAAAACACGUCGGAGCUUCAGAUCGCCGUCGAAGCGCGGCGAAUCGCCUCUUCGUCGCCGGAGAAUCAGACGGCGCAGGCGCUACCCGGGAAGGGCUGGUUCUCCGUGGGAUGGUCGCAGAGCGGCGCGAUGUAUCCCGGCGACGCGGUGGUGGCCAAUCAGCAGCGCGCUGCGGUCGCCGCGUAUAGCAUGACCGGGCACGACGCGAGCGCGGUUCGGCGGACGAACGAUAUUCAGCUGGGGAAGACGAGCCUGUCGCGCAGCGGGAACUCCGUUAUAAUGAAAGGAUCAUCACAGAUCGAUUUCUCGUGCGACGCUACUGCUCCCCCGCCCGCCUCCCGCCCCACCUCCUCAUCCUCACCCGGGCAGAACUGCAAGAAGUCGACUCUGCAAGGAUACCAGUACCAGACGAGCCUGCAGGGCAGCAGUCUGCUGUUACACUGGAAGGAAGCAGCGGGGAAGGCAGUAGACAUGGCAGUGGAAGCCAAAUCCGGGAGUCCGGCCAAAGAUGGAUGGAUGUCGCUUGGCUGGAGCAACCCCAGUGGCCGAAUGGUGCCCUCAGACGCAGUCAUUGGGAACCUUUACGGCGGGGAGAUUUAUGCGUACAAGGUGCCAGGUUACUCAGUCGGAUCGCUGUCAAGGGAUGGGUUCGACAUCGGGAGCGGGGCGAGCACCAAGACGGAAGGAGGAUCGAUCGUUAUGAGAUUCACUCGCACAGAAAACACGGGAUGGUCGAAUAAGUUCAAGCUGUCGGGGAAGAACAGCCUCAUCUGGGCUUAUUCCUCCUCAUCCAACACACUAGGGUCACACGGACGCAACUA